GAUAUAUAUAAAAAGACGUGUUUUCGGGGUCUCUAAAUAUCAUCUCAUACCAUCUUCUUUGUGGUGAAAGAAAAUUUCAACAAGGUUACGGUCAUGUUGAAGUCUAUACUAGUCGUGUUUGCUGUGGCGGUGUCAGUCUGUGGUGCAUUCUCAAGAGAGAAACGUGGAGAUGUUGAUUCUGCUUGGUUUGUGAGCAACACCAAGUUAUGCCUGCGUUGGUCGGGGACGUUUGACAGCUAUCAAUGUGGUGGUAGAAACGUGUCUGAAAACCUGUGCGCCAACGUCAACCAAAUGACCCCUUUUUACCACGACUGGACGGAUUGGAGGAUUGGUGGCUGUAAGAUGCAAUGGGGGAUCAUUUCCUCUGCAAGUAAUCCACCAGAUUGGCUGAGUAAAGUGAAGAUGUGCUAUCAGUGGUACGCAGAGUCUGACGCUGCUCAAUGUGGGGGUGAUGCUGGUAAAACCUACUGCGCUGAUGUCAACAAAUACACCACUGAAUAUCUUGAUGAUACAACCAAACGUGAUGGGGGCUGUAUGAUGAGAUGGAUGAUUCAAGUCCCGGACAGCUCCCCAACUUGGAUGAAAGGCGUACAGAUGUGCUUCAACUGGGAAGCAGACGGAGACGCUGCACAGUGUGGUGGAACAGCUCCAUUGAGCCAGUGCGUCAAAGCAAACAGUUGGACCGAGUACUACCGUGACAAAACGGACGACAGGAGGGGAGGCUGCAUGAUGAGCUGGGGCUUGAAGACUUCUAAUUAAAGUCAAGUAGAAAGUUAUUGAAGAUAUUUCAUUAUCUUGGUUGUUGAUUUAGAAAAAAUCAAAUGCUUGUAAUAUCACUUGAGAAAAUAAAUUCAAAAAAUAUUG